CGCGUGACAGGCGGUUUAACUGUCGUGACUGAGGGUAAAACAAAAAAAAAAAAAGAAAAAAACAAACAAAAAAAAAGUGUGUGGGAAGUCCUCGGAGCCCUCUGUGUUCGCCCGUGACGAGACUCGUUACACAACAACGACUCGUUUUUUGUGUGUGUGUGUCGACCACUGAGGAGAAGUUAAGGUGGCACUUUUUUUCUGAGGGUUUUUGAGCACCUUGCUGGUACUCCACACAGGAUGGGGGCGUAUGACGAGAAGAAGGAGACAUGUGGCACUAUCUGCUUGAAGUACCUGCUCUUCACUUUCAACUUCCUUUUCUGGUUGGCAGGUGGCGCUGUGAUGGCUGUUGGCAUAUGGACCCUGGUUGAGAAGAGUGACUACAUCAGCUUGCUGCAGUCCAGCACAUAUGCAGCUUCAGCCUACAUCUUGAUACUGGCUGGGGUGAUCGUCAUGGUGACAGGAGUGCUAGGCUGCUGCGCUACCUUCAAGGAGCAGAGAAACCUUCUGAGAGUGUACUUUGUUCUUUUACUGUGCAUUUUCCUGAUGGAGAUCCUUGCGGGGGUCCUGGCCUACAUCUAUUAUCAACAGUUGAAUGAGGAGCUGAAGCAGAAUUUGAAGGAGACCAUGGUGCAGAAGUACAAACAGACCGAUCAAGAUCACAUCACCAGGGCUGUGGACAAACUGCAGCAGGAGUUCAAAUGCUGUGGCAGUAACAAUUCCUUUGACUGGCGGGAUAGUAUCUGGAUCAGGUCUUCAGAGGCCGAACGGAGGAUGGUGCCCGACAGCUGUUGCAAGACCCCCACUGAGCUCUGUGGCAAGAGGGACCACCCCUCAAACAUCUACAAGGUGGAGGGUGGCUGCAUCACCAAACUGGAAAACUUCAUUCUAGAACACCUUAAGAUCAUUGGAGCGGUGGGGAUCGGGAUAGCCUGUGUGCAGAUUGUAGGAAUGGUGUUCACUUGCUGCCUGUAUCGCAGUUUGAAAGCGGAGCCGUACUGAACACAGGAGCGGUCGUAUUUCUGCCCCAUCUCCACUGCAUUGCCACUUUAACGCCUUAUGGUCUAAUACUGCUGUCUGUCUCUUUCUCUCUGUCUCUCUGUAUAUGUGGCAUGUAAAUUGAGGGAGAGUGGAACAGCUGUGCAGAUGAGGAAAAAUAAGAAGCAGUAUGUGUGAGAUGAGGGAAAUGAGUCCUGUAGUAAUCCAUUUUGGAUUUUCUAGUAGCAAAUACAAGAUUUCCUUCUGCGCAGAUUGUAUGUGUCCAGGCCAAAGUUGUUUCUUCAUACUGCCCAAUGGCUUUCAGGCCUUUGAGAGAAGUGUGGGGGGGGAAAAGCAAAAAUAUUCACUGUACCUACUUCGUGUUAGGCCUUCUGAAACAUGAUUUUUCUAAUACUAAUGCAUUAGUAACACACUGUAGCUAUUACAAUUUUUAAAACAUUUUUUAAAAGGGAUUUUCAGUUAUUCAUCAUCAAAAGCAACUGAUUUAAGAUUAUACAAAGAGCAAAAUGAGCUGCUUCAUGUUUUCAUUCUUUUUGCCUUUUUAAAAGGAUGAAAGUCACUGCUUUUAUAAAUAGCUAGUACUGUAUUUAACAGAAGUUUGAACUAAUGAGAAGAUGGUAUACUUUUGUGCCUUGAGCUAGUCUGUUGCCUUGAGCUGAUCACAUUACUCAGAUGUCUUCAAUAUUGCAUAAUUAUAACAAGCUGACAGUUAUUAUUUUUGGACCUGUACUAUAUUACAGAACAAACAGUACAGCUCAAAUAAAGAUGCAUAAACCAUUUAUUUUUGGUGAAAUUCUCAUUCUCCUGCUGAUCUUUCUUCCUACCUUAGUUGGUCUUGACAAUGGUUCAAGGUGCUGCUUUUUAACAUUAUUUGACUUAAAAUAGCUUUUUUUCUGGCAAACUAGUACAUGGUUUUACCUCUUAUAAAUUUCAAAUAGCCGUUAUAAAAGAGAAAUUCCUGUUAAAAGUUGUAUCUUAUGUGAAUGAAACAUUUUGUAAACCAGAUAACUUGUGCAUAAUCUUUAGUAAAGCACAAAGAAAACUCAAUGAGUGUGACGACUGGUUCAUUACCAUUUAAAACUUGGGCACAUAACGUACUU